GCCGCUUGAAAGGACAAACAAAGCAAGCUCGGAACACAACGGGGAAGAAAUAAAAGAUGAGGGGCUUGGGAAUCUGGAACGACAGCAUUCUUUUCUACCCGAAAGCGGCCCGGUGGUUUGCCAUUGCUAACAAUCCAAACUCCCGACUGCUCCAGAGUCUCGCAUCCGCAACAGUGAAAUAGAGCACACUGCGCUUGCUCAGCACAAGACUGUUCCAAUUCUUUUGCUUCGUCUGUUUUCAUUCAGUGUCAGGGCUGUGCUCUUGGAAAGGGGACUCAAGUACACUUGAACAAACUUGAAGGUCGUGAAAAUCCUGAAUUGUCAUCAUGUCUUGCGGUGGAUGUGGCUGCUGCCCCAAAUGUGGAUGUCAGGCAACUUGCACCUACACUGGUCUGAAGUCUGCGUCGGAUGAAUGUAAUGACAACUCUUACUUAAGUAGCGGCAGCGAGUAUCUCUUGAGCGAGAACACUUACUCCCGAGUAGCUGGUGAAAAUGGAGGCAACUGCGACUUGGCAGAUGCAACUCGUGCGAAAGAAGGAAGCCGCGAUGGGGGUUUCCGAGCUGGCUGCGGCUGUGGCGAUGAGUAGAGUAAAGUAGAAGAUUCAGUAGACAGUACCCACCAUGUAGCAAUGCCAGUACUUUUACCAUGAGAGUGAUUUUAGCAUUACCCAGUAGGAAAAGUGGGGUCCAGGAAAGACCUUCAAGGAUACCAGUAGCCAGAUGUAGAUGUUGUGUCGCGAAUAACUAUCACCACCAGCGCAGUGCACUCAAAUUCCUGCUGACAUGCUUUGCAAAGCAACUGUUUCUGAGCUGUGAAUGAGUAAGGCCCAGUCUAACCCAGCGGCCACAGGAAUUGAGCAUUUGGUCAUUCACUCGCUUGCUCACUUCGAUCCAAGCCAACUUAUUUGCAUGUGUUUGCACAAGUCUGCACAACUCUCUUCGAUGCUAAUACAUCUCCCUUCAUGUUUCC